AUGGCGUCUAGAGCAGCGGCGGCCGCCGUGGUCGUCCUGGCCUUGGUCUGCGCCGUGCAGUCGUCCCUCUCGGCGGCGACCGCCGGGGGUCUGUCCCCUGACUUCCACGCGGUGACGUGCCCUCCGCUGGAGCAAAUCGUGGCGUUCCACGUGGGGGAGGCCUUCAAGAACGACUCCGGCGUGGCGCCGGCGCUCAUCCGCAUCCUCUUCCACGACUGCUUCCCGCAGGGCUGCGACGGGUCGGUGCUCAUCGAGGGCCCCGGCACGGAGCAGGACGAGAUCCCCAACAAGACGCUCCGCAGGGUGGCGCUGGACCUCAUUGACCGCAUCCGUAUGCGCGUGCACAGCGCCUGCAGCCGCACGGUCUCGUGCGCCGACAUCACCGUGCUCGCCACCCGCGAGUCGCUCGUCCUGGCCGGCGGGCCCCGCUUCGAGGUCGCCCUCGGCCGGCGCGACUCCUUCUUCCCGGCGUCGCCGGUCCAGGUCGGCCUGCUGCCGGCGCCCUUCCACCCCGUGGACAAGCUCAUCAAGUCCUUCGGCGACCGCGGCCUGAACGUGACGGACCUGGUGGCCCUCUCCGGCGCGCACACCUUCGGCGUCGCCCACUGCCCGGCCUUCGAUGAUCGCUUCAAGAAUGGCUUCGACACGAACCCGGCCAUCGACCCCAAGUUCGCCACGGGGCUGCGGAACAAGUGCGCCAAGGACACCCCCGAAGGCACCCUGAAGCAGAACCUCGACGUGCGCACGCCGGACGUCUUCGACAACAAGUACUACUUCGACCUGAUCGCGAGGCAGGGCCUGUUCAAGUCGGACCAGGGCCUCUUCGACCACCCCACCACCAAGCGCAUGGCCACCCGCUUCUCGCUCAACCAGGACGCCUUCUUUGAGCAGUUCGCCAGGUCCAUGGCCAAGAUGGUCAACAUGGACCUGCUCACAGGCGACAGGGGCGAGAUCCGGGCCAGAUGCGCCGUCCGCGGUACUCCCCCACGCAUCCAGGCCGCCGCCGCCGGCGAUGACGAGGGGAUCUCCGCCGACAUAUUUCCCACAUCACUAAGCUGCAAGACCAGAAAUGGUGCCAUGUCACUCAUCCCAAAUCUUCCACAAAAUGAGAAGCAACAUAAAGGGCUGAACGGUGGCAGGCAACGUCGACGGGAGCGUGGUGGAGAAGAGAUCAGCGAUGGGCGUGGCAAGCGGCCGGAGACCAAGCAGUUGCCAAAUCCGGCGAGCAGUUGGGCAGGAGAAGAUGAGAUGGUCGUGAUCCUCCACCGAGUUGUUGCACCGAGGGCAGACAUCCGAGUCCAGGGUGGUUUUCUCACGCAGGUUCUGCCGAGUGUUCAACCGAUCAAGGUGUUUAAAAAUGGUCUUGGCAAGGAAGGAGCUGUUCUUGCCAAGCCCUAUGUGGAGAGUAUGUGGGCAAACUAUGUAGGAUGGCAGAAAGAAGGACAAGUUUGCCUCCGCGAGAAAGAAGCAAAGCGCACCAACCGGAGAGGAUGUCUGCAAUGA